UCCCCGACUGAUCAUCAUGCCUGAUGCACCCUCCGUAAAAGCGCCCAAGAAGGGCUCAAAGAAAGCCGUCUCCAAGACUGCCAGCAAGACCGGCAAGAAGAGGAGAAAGUCCAGGAAGGAGAGCUACGCCAUUUACGUGUACAAAGUGAUGAAGCAGGUCCACCCCGACACCGGCAUCUCCUCCAAGGCUAUGGGCAUCAUGAACUGCUUUGUGAGCGACAUCUUUGAGCGCAUCGCCGGUGAGGCCUCUCGUCUGGCUCACUACAACAAGCGCUCCACCAUCACCUCCAGGGAGAUUCAGACCGCUGUCCGCCUGCUGCUGCCCGGAGAGCUGGCUAAACACGCUGUCUCUGAGGGCACCAAGGCUGUGACCAAGUACACCAGCUCCAAGUAAACUCUGCUGCUGUUAUACCAACAACACAAAGGCUCUUUUAAGAGCCACCCACUACAUCUACAGACGUAUUUCUGUUAUUUUUAUAAAUAUGUUUACAACUCAUUUAAUCACGUGCAUAAUUCAUGAAUAAUGUAAACUCUUAAAUUGUUGAGGGCAGAAAGUACAGUAGAGGACUCAAAGACUUGGUGUGCUGGAUAUAAUGUCUAUUUCAAUUAAACAAGUGAUGUCAUUAUUGAUUGAGAACGCCUGAGUCCUCAAGGAAAGAAGGGUUUUAAUAAGAUAUCCGUGAUAUCAGAAUGUUUUAUAAUGUAUGGUGGUGACAUCAGUCCAAUAUGAUACAUUUUUAAAUGUUAUAUUGAAAUAAUUCAAAAGAGGACAUAUGCAAUGAUUAGAAAUAUGUUAGCACUGUUUGAGACCAGCAGUAUAAGUGGGCAAGAAAUAAUGACCGUGAAGUAUUGGUGUGAAUUAAAUGUAUUCCCUCAAACCAGUUCAGAAUCAAAAGUUCUCCUGAUUGGAGAUUUUUUUUAAAUCAUAAAUAUAAUUGUUUUUAAUGAAACUGGUUACAAAAGUAAGCAAUGUCUGGUAUGCUUUAACGUUUUUAUUUAUCCAGUUCUGGUAUGUGGCUCAUUGUAUUAACGACUGAAACGAGAUACUAAGCUCUUUCAUAAGAGGCUGUCAGGAUGCUACCUUCCUCCUAUUGAAAUGGUGUUCCUUUCCACAUGCAUCUGAGACAUGAUGUAGUGUAAUAAUCAUUUCAAAACAGUUACGUUGUAGUGACUCUAAUAUACAUAAUUCACCUCCUUCUUAAGUGUGGUUCUACACACUGUUGUUUCAUGCCUGUAAGUAUGACCGUUGGUUUAUGCUUAAAAGUACAACUGUAAAAAGGGAUCGUGGUCCCUUUAAUUUAAUAAUCUGUGUUUACGAUGACGUGGAGCCCCAUGCUUGUUGGUUUACAGGACAGCGCCAUCUUGUUUUGUUAUAACUUUGACUGUGUGAUUAAACGAGAGCCGCAUUCGUGUCCUCAACUUUAA